AUGGAUACUCUUACUUCGUUUGUCAUCUAUAUGCCUCCCUAUGGAAUUAAACUAUUAGAGCAGAUAAGUCGAAAGCAUCCCUCCUUUACUUCUUCUUCUUCGUUGGACAAAGAGUUUUUAGUGUUCCUUCCUUAUUUCACUGCAUUGCUGUUUCUGGGUGUCAUCAAAGGUAUCGUUCUGUGCCCACUCGUAUGCCUCGUUGUGACCAUAGGCAACUCGGCGAUCAUACUAAGUCUUCUCCCCAUCCACAUUGUUUGGACGUUCUAUUCAAUAGUGAGUACCAAACAACUAGGACCAAUCUUGAAGCUCUUUAUAUGCUUAUGUCUUCCUACCGCCAUCAUCCUCUGGCCAAUUCUUGGUAUCUUAGCAAGUGUUCUUGGAGGAGCUUUAUAUGGUUUUCUCUCCCCAAUCUUCGCCACAUUUGAUGCUGUUGGUGAGGGCAAGCCUUCCCCACUUCUCCAUUGCUUUUAUGAUGGAACUUGGAGCACCUUCAAACGCAGCUUCACUGUAGUCCGUGACUUUAGAGAUGUCUGCUUCCACUCCUACUUCUCACUCAUGGAUGAGGUUAGAAAAUGUUGCCCCGAUCAGAAAUAUCAUGAAAUAAGGCUCCUUCAACUUCCAAGUGCUUUGCUAGCUUCAGCUCUCGGGAUUUUUGUAGCUUUCCCAAUGAUCUCACUCAUAGCCAUAUGCAAAAGCCCUUACAUGCUCUUCAAAGGGUGGCACCGUCUGUUCCACGACCUCAUUGGACGAGAAGGUCCAUUCUUGGAGACAAUGUGUGUCCCUAUCGCAGGCCUAGCGAUCAUACUUUGGCCUUUAGCUGUAGCAGGAGCAGUUCUUGGUUCAGUGGUCUCUAGUAUCUUCCUCGGUGCUUAUGCAGGAGUAGUCUCAUAUCAAGAAUCAUCUUUUUACUAUGGACUAUGCUUUGGAGUUGCCUCUUUGUCUAUUUACGACGAGUAUAGCACUGAUAUACUUGACAUGAAUGAAGGUUCUUGCUUCCCAAGGCCUAAAUAUCGAAAAAACGAAGCUGAAUCAAGAGGUUUUUCUGGUCCUAUACCAAGACUAGGCUCUUCCAAAAACAUGGCUUCAACAAGAUCAGCAGGAUCAGUGAGAGUCCCUAUGAUUGAUGUUAAGCCUCUUGACCUCUUUAUUAACUUGUUUAAAGCUCAAUCAACUCAUUGUCUCUGCUUCCAGGACUCCAAAAUCAAUACCAAAAAUAGCGUUGAAGCACUUAGGAAGGUGUUGACUGAUUCUUGA